UGACUGUUCAAAUUAGAAAACCGAGUACUUGUAGCAGGCUAUAGGCUACAGAAUCUUCCCACGGGAGAUUUGUAUAAAAACGCUCAGGGGAAAAAAAGCCUUUGUGUUCGGCAACAAUGACACGUGGGCGAUGUUGAAUUUGGACAGUUUAGCCCUUGCAGACCUCCCACUCAACAGAGAAAAUAUUGACAGUGUUAUGGAUGACGGAGUUGGUGCCCCCCCUCAUCCACCAAUUGUAUUUUAUGGCAACUCGAGAUCAAUUCAGACCUGUCGUUGAACAAAGACAUAUCAUGGCCGCAUCAAACAGCCGACGAGACGUCAAGUCAAAGUUAUGGAUCCCAAUGAUCGUUAUUGUCGUGGUUGUACUGCAAGUAGCUUCGACAACUGGACUCCUCGUCUUCUUGAACAUGUCAGUUGCUCAGGUGAGGAGUCAAGGGGUGGCUGAGGAGUUACGUUGCCUGGGGCUCCUUAAUGCCCUGGAGAAAGACCAGGAGAUACCGGAGUCUCUGGUUCAACUGUUUGGGGAGCCCUGCAUCAAACUGGCCCAGGGAAUAAGGGCCUAUGUCACCAAGGUGACAGAAAACAUUAUUGCAAAACACGCAGUUCCAGAGCCCAGUGCCCAGCCCAGAACCAAGCCCGUCAGUUCUGCAGGGCAUCAGAAGCCCUCUGCUCACCUCACACUCCGAGACAGUAGCUUACAGGGCCCUAUAUCCCUGGCCCCUCAGAAAGACCUGCAUCAGUCCUGCCGCCACCCGGUCCGGUCCUGGGGCAACCAGAGUUUCGGCUCCCAUCUCCAUAACAUGACCCUGUCUCAUGGACGCCUACGCAUCCCCCGGUCCGGACGUUAUUACUUGUAUGCCCAGGUGUACUUCCGCUAUCCCUCCCUCACCCACGAGGGGGGUAACCACCAUGAUGGCUCCUCCAGCUACCAGCUGGUCCAGUGUAUCUACAAGAAGACGUCAUACGCCAAGCCCCUUCAGUUGCUGAAGGGGGUGGGCACCAAGUGCUGGGCGCCUGACACUGAGUAUGCCCUCCACUCUGUCUACCAGGGAGGCCUGUUUGAGCUGAGGGCCGGGGAUGAGAUCUUUGUUUCUGUGUCGUCGCCUACAGCCGUGCAGGCAGAGGACUCAUCCAGCUAUUUUGGGGCAUUUCGAUUUGACCCAUGAGCAUGGAGGUUAAGGAGGGAAAAGCUCUCUCACACAAGAGGAUACUAAACAUGUACUGUAUAUAGACUACAAAUCACCAUGGUUCUGACAUAGCUAGCCACAGACUGGUGCACAGGCCAUUAAUAAAACUGGCUCACAGAUGGCUACAUUAGAACUAUAUAUUUGAAUAAGAGUGGUGCGGACUAAUUGGCAUCCCGCUUUGGUACUGUAGCACAAUCACGAAUAAGAAUCUUCAGCACUGAGAGGGAUAGUGGAAAUGCAUAAGACUAAGGAAUGUGUGAAUUCUUCGAUAUACAGUAUGGCAUGCAGCACUACCAACUACCAACGAUAACUAUAGCUCUGGUGUCCAUAUGAAACCACUCUUCAGUCCUGAUCUCUCUAGACAUACCGGUUGCUUCCCACAAUGUACAUGUUGCCCUAAGUCUGGGAUUUCCAAGACUAGCUCUGAUCUGACCUGACACUAAAUUUGAUUUAAAUUUUAACAUUUGUUUUUGAUUUAAACAAGCACUCUUGCACCAGGGUGUUAUUUUAGUGUUGAAUGUACCUAUUGAGAAUACAAGCUCUAACUAUAGCUAAUUAUGGAUGAUUAACAAACAAUGGGCUCAAGGGGUAAAAACAAGGAAUGGUGAAAGUUCUUCUUGAUCCUGGCAUAAUCUUCUCAUUUGUACAAAACCUUAUUUAAUGGGCGUCGGUAAGGCUCGAAGGGAUUUUGGUAAUGGCCCUCUUGGGAUUCCUUCACCAUACUGAGAAUUCGACUAUUUAUUCCGUUUAGCAUAGGGCAGCGCACAAUUGGCCCAGCGUCGUCCGAGUUAGGGGAGGGUUUGCCUGGGGAGGCUUUACAAGUAGUCCAUCAUUGUAAAUAAGAAUUUGUUCUUAACUGACGUGCCUAGUUAAAUAAAAUAGCAAUGAACUGCUUUUUUUCAGCAACAACUUUUGAUUGUUUUCUGUGGGUGGAGGUAUUACUGAUUACUGCAGUUAACCAGAUAUCAGUACUAGUCUUCAGUCAUACUCCACUGGACAUAUGCAUCAAUUUAACGUCUGUUUGAUUCAACCAGUGUGUGCCCAGUGGGACAGAGAUUCAGCACUGGACAGUAACUUAGUACUAACGUAGACGACUAGCUAAUAAUACUAUAAUAAUAAGUAUAACGCAAACAUCUAGCAACCCAAAGGUUGCUUGUUUGAAUCUCAUCACUGACAACUUUAGCAUUUUAGCUAAUUAGCAACUACUUACUUUUUUUUUUGCAACUACUUAGCAUGUUGGCUAACUCUAACCCUAACCCGUUUAGCUAACCUUCCCCUAACCCUAACCUAACUAACUAACUUUAACCCCUAGAGCGAAUGUUACAUGGAUCAUUUUUUAAAGCAUGAAAUUGCCUUGGUCUGUUUUCAAAAUAUCACUUGUGUCAUGACAGCGGUUCCACACGUUGUGUGGCAAAAAUAGUAUUUGUAUUUUAUUCUGUUGUAUUUCAUUACAUUCUUAGCCUACUAUAAAAUAUGUAUGUUGAUUGUGAUCAGGGUAGCCUACAUGUGUCUUGUCUGUGUAACGAACAAAAUAACUAUGGACUUCAUGUGCAUGGCGUAGCCAUCUAGCCCAUAGACUGCACAGACCAGUCACAUAAUUAAACCCAAUAUAUGCCAUUCUAUUCUUUUGAAAAUACAUUUUAUUAGUUUUAUGUUUUUUAGGAUUUGCCUAAAAACAAAUUAAUAAUGGAUUUCUUUGUGACGGUGUAGUCUAUAUUCAAUGGAUUUAUUAAAAUACUAUAGAUGCCCACCCACAUCUACUCCCACCCCUGAACUUGCCGGCAAUGUGCACAGGCGAUAUCUCGGCAGGAAUGUGGUAAAAAUUAGAUUGUAUGAAUUGGGUUUAAAAAAAACAUUGCCCGUUUUAUUUUUACAGGCAACAUACCUGUGAAAAAAAAAGAGCAAAAAAUAUUAAGUAUUGUCAGAGCCAAUUUUGAACUUCCUGUUAAGCACUGUUCAGGGCCACAUCCUAAUGGACAAUGUGUUAUUGGUUUGUUUGGGUUUGAUGUAAAACUGUUUGCAAUGUCUAAAAAGAGUGACUCUUUGACUGUGUAUUUGACUAUUGUUUGAAACUAUAAACAUUUACUGUCUAGGCAUCUUCCUGUCACUUUCUCAUGAAAGGCAUGACAGGCCACCCACACACAGCCCUCAGCCCACAGCAGUGAGUCAUAAUGGUUAGAUCCUCAGGGAGGGAUUCAAUGGGUUCAUGAUGUUGGAGUGAGAAUGACUCCAAACGUACUUAUUGGUAACUGGGUACAAUGAGCACAAAUUUACUCAUGUGAAAGUCAACGUUGUUUUAAUUCAAGGCAAAUAUGAAAUGACAGGGAAUAAAUUGAUAUUUCAAUGUU